GACUUUCACAUGCCAUUGGUGAAUCAUUUAGAGCUCGAGCUUACAAUUGAUUCUAUCUUCUCGAAUAGUCAUUCUCUAUUGUCCAUUACACGAGAACCAUUGCUGUAAUCUGUUUAGAAGGAAGUGUGUGAUUCACGUGUCGAUCAGAAGGCACUAGUCAGCCAUGUCUGGAGCUGCAGCCGUCGAAUUACCUAUCAUUGAUCUUUCGAAACCUAGCGCAGAGGUGGGCGAAGAGAUUGUCAAUGCCGCAGCCACCUACGGUUUCCUCUAUAUCAAGAAUACUGGCAGAGACAUAAAGCCGGAAGCUAUUGAGCGUGCUUUUGAGCUGUCCCGUGAAUUCUUUGCUUCACCGGAGGAAGAGAAGGCAAAGUGUCUUAUUGGACCCGAGAAUAAAGGAUGGUCAUCUAUGCAUAGAGAGAUCUUAGAUCAGGGCAACCAAAGGAAAGGCGAUUUUAAAGAAGCAUUCAAUUUUGGCACGUUUGAAAAUGGCAAAGCACGGCAGCCGUUGCCAAAGAGUCUGGCUUCUCAUGAGUCUGAGCUUAGCCAAUUUGCAACCUCGUGCCAUGACCUUUGCAUGAAAGUCCUCAGAGCAUUUGCCAUUGGCUUCAAGAUCAAAGAAGAAGAUGGAGGGGAAGAAUGGUUCUCGUCCCGUCAUGACGUCGAGAAAAGUUCCAGCAUUUUCCGGAUGCUUUAUUAUCCCGCCGUGCCUGAGGAGGCAGAUUAUAUUCCGGAUGUCGAUAUCCGUGCUGGGGCCCAUAGCGAUUACGGCAGCAUAACCCUACUAUUCCAGCGUCCCGGACAGCCCGGACUGGAGAUAAAGACUCCAUCCGAUGAGUGGGCAUCUGUACCUGUCAUUCCAAACGGGACCGAGUCCGACCCGUCUCCACCCAUUCUUGUCAACAUUGGUGACCUUUUAUCUUACUGGACUGAUGGUCUCCUCAAAUCUACCGUGCAUCGAGUGAUUUUCCCAUCUGAUGCUCGAAGAGGCGGAGAAGACCGAUACUCCAUUGCUUACUUCCUCCAUCCAUGCCCAGAGGUAAAUCUGGUUCCAAUUCCUAGUGAGGUAGUGGCUUCUAGGGGCAAAGGAGAGGGCAUCACGCAAAGUAAGAGGGUGUUGACGGGGCAGCAACAUUUAGACGAAAGACUGGCCGCUUCUUACGGAUGGAAAUCAGAGGACAAGAAAGCGUAACUCCGCAAUCAGGCCUUUCCAGUCCACUCAAGUAUUUGGACUCUAGGUAAAGAGCUCAGACGUUGCAUCGGCGGUAUCCCUCCUCCAUCUUGGACCUUAUAUAAACAACGCAGUAAAAUGUAACGACUUUCUUGCAUGGCUGAGGAGCGGAAGCUAAUUUUAGCUUCCCGGAUUUAUUGGUUUGACACGUAAUUCAAGCAACUUCUUGAGGGAAACAUUUGCCAGUCCUAGUACAAAUUUGAUAUUUUUUCUUCGUAUG